AUGGGUAAUGGUGUAUCAAACCUUUUAAAUAAAUACGAUUUAAGAUAUGGUGAAUUGGAUAAAGGAAGAGAUGACAAAUUUGUAAAAUCAUUUAUUAUUGCAUCAAUUGUAGUCUGUUUAAUUUUAGGUGGUGUAAUUUCAGUAGUAAUAACGGCAAUUCAUAAAAAUCUUUUAGACGAAAUA